AUGGGAGGCACGAACUCAAAAGCGCCUUCCUCUUCUUUGAGCGAUGGCGUUCGGAACUUAUCCUUCGACGAAGAGAGAACGACAGAGAACGGUUCGAGCGAGACGAGCAGCGACGACGACGAGCGGCGACACCGUUCGAACGAUUCUUCCCCGCGAAGUCGAAAACCAACGACGAAUACUACGACUCGCGGAAGUGGCGGUUCGAACGCGACUAAGAGCAGUACUCUUGCAUCAUCUGCGAACACUACGAACGGGUCUUCGAGUGCAAAGGCGUCUGGUGCCGACCGGAGACGAAAAGAUGAUAACGGUUCGAACGACGAGAACGAAAAGAACAAUCUGAAGAUGUCUGAUAACAGCGAAGAUACCAUCGCCUCGGGGAUGAAGACGAAUACGACGAGCGACAAAAACAAAGGCGCAUCAAAAGGCGUUGGAUUAGAAAAUUUCGGGAACACGUGUUACUGCAAUUCAGUGUUGCAAGCGUUGUAUCACUGCCAACCGUUUAAGAAGCUCUUGUUGGAAUACCACGCGACGCAAACUGAUUCGGACGCCAACUUGUUACUUUCGCUCGGCGGUUUGUUCGCGGAGAUGAGCAAGAAGGAGCAAAAAGCGUUGACGAGUUCGGCGAAAAGAGUUCCCGUGGUUGAACCGAAGAAGUUUGUCUCUCGGUUGAAGAAAUCGAACGAGUGUUUUAACUCGUACGAGCAUCAAGACGCGCACGAGUUUUUGAAUUAUCUCUUGAACGAGUGUUGCGAGAUUUUAGAGAGGGAGAGAGACGAGGUGAAGGAUAAUUACGAUUCGAAGAGGAAUUCGAGGAGGAGUGGAAGCAGCGCGGGCAGUGUAACGCCGAGAAUUUCGAGCGGUAGCGGUCGUCUGAGCGUAGAUGAAGGAAGCGAAGGUAACGACGUGGAUUUGAGGAACGUCGAAGAAGAGAGCAAGAGCGCCGCGAACAAGAACGGUGCGGAGAAGGACGCCGCCAACGCAUCGGCCGCGCUAACUAUGUCGAAUGCAGGUAGUAACACAAACAUCGGUGGCAUUAGCGACGCGUUAAACAUGCGUAAAAAAGCAUCCAGUAACAGCAAGAAAAAAGAAAAGCAAACGUGGGUCCACGAAGUCUUCCAAGGCGAAACCGUCAACGAAACCAGAUGUUUGUGGUGCGAGAACGUCACGUCGCGGUCAGAAUCCUUCCUCGAAAUCUCCGUCGAGGUAAAGCCAAACUCUUCCAUCCAACAGUGUCUGUCGGAUUUCUCUGCCAGCGAACUUCUCGGCGGCGAAGAUAAGUUCCAAUGCGAUUCGUGUUCGGGCUUACACGAAGCGCACAAACGACUUCUCAUCCGCACCGCGCCUUCAGUCUUAGCGCUCCACCUGAAACGUUUCAAAUACGUCGAAUCCGUCGGACGAAUGCAAAAACUUAACCACCGAGUCGCAUUUUCGCGCGAGCUGAAACUUCCCAACCUCUCCGCCGACUCCACCUCCUCCGACGACCUCUACUGUCUCUUUGCCGUCGUCGUCCACAUCGGCAGCGGCCCGAACCACGGCCACUACGUCUGCUUCGCUCGAACCUCUGGCUACAAAGCCAGCGGAGGUGGUGCCAGCGAACGGUGGGUCAUGUUCGACGACGAAACCGUUCAGGACAUGAACACGGAAGACUUAGAAUCCGUUUUCGGAAGUAAAGGUGUCGUCUCGGGAGGACAAGAAGGAGAUGAAGACGCAGGCGGCAGCGAACACGGGUACAUUCUCUUCUACCAAAAAGUCGCCCCCGACGGCGAAGACGAGGAAGAAACCUUCUUGGAAGAGGAAGCGUUUUUAGCUUAA